GGACAAUCAGUUUAUUCUCUGAUGUAUGAAUUUGAAGCAAAUCCUACAUCUGAAUCAGCUCCUAAUGGACCUUCUUAUGGAGGAGGUACAGUUGAUGAUCGGAGGAGAACAUUGGAGUGCCUCAGCCUCUUGCGAGCUUACAGGAGAAUCCAAUACCGCCAUUUCUCUCGAAAACUCAUGAUCUCGUGAAUGAUCAGUCGCUGGACCAGAUUAUCUCGUGGGGAAACACAGGGGAGAGCUUCGUGGUUUGGGACCCGGUGGAGUUUGCUAGAGUCAUACUGCCUCGGAAUUUCAAGCACAACAAUUUCUCCAGUUUUGUCCGGCAACUCAAUACUUAUGUAGUAUUCUCCAUUCCAAUUGCUGGCGUGAUUUAAGUUUCUCGUUCCAAAGAAAUCGACUCUGCGUUUAGGGAGGAGUCUGCCAUUGUUGCUUAAUUGCCACUGCCGGUCGCGGCCUUCCAAUUGCUACCGUGUUUUCCUGUCUGAUUGGAGGUCCCCUUCCGGUUGCUGCCGAUCGAGUCUAGGUUACGGGAGCAACUUCUCCAUUGCUGGUUUACCAUAUCAAACUUGAAUCAAGUCUAGCAAUUACGGGAAACUCGUUCCAUUGCUGAUUAGUUUGCUGCCAGCGACUGGAUUGUGAAGCCCUUCCAAUUGUUGCCGUGAUUUCCAGCCCGGAUUAGUAGCUCUCGUUCCUUUGCUGCUGUCACUUACAGAAGAAGGAGAAGAAGAAGAUUUGGCCUUGUUUGAUCACAACUAGAAGAUCCAAUGAAGUUCAGCUCACUCAUUGCAUCCCAGCUUUUCAUCUUCAUCCUUCUGGCAAUUGGAGCGUUGCUUCUUCCAUGUAUAGUGAUCCCAAGUUGGUAUAAGAUCGUUCAGCAUAUGAAAGAAAAAGUUGAUUUGAACGCUAGCAUGUUACGCUCUGGAUUGUUAUUUCAAAUCGAAAAUACAGCUAAACUGUUGCUGCCAAUAAACUCGUCUACAGCAAAUUUAGCAAGAACUUUGAGUUCAUCUCUCAAUGGAAGUGAUCUCUCGCAGUUUGACCUCCAAAAUAAGGUUGCUCCAAUAUUAUUUCAAACAAUUUCAAUAAUUCCUCACAUAUCGCAGAUUUCAUAUAUUGGAUUGGAAGGAAACAUUUUUGCGUACUAUGUUGAAGGUAACCAGACUUUUGCAAUGUACUCUAACUCUACAGCUUCUUCCAAUUCAAGUUCCACAAACAAGCCAAUGAAAUACACUUGCUAUAAGCAACCUGUAGACACAGACACAGGAAGGCUAUAUGGAGAUGCCUCUGAAUCUUGGUUUAACAUUUUGGCUAAUGCAAGCUGGAUUCAAGAAGCUUUAGCAAGUUCUAAUGGAUAUGCCUCGUUAGGAAAUGGUUGGAACACUGCCCAUGAUCUUCUCUUUCUUAAUUCAAUUACUAUACAUGGACAAGGUGUUAUCUCCUUAGGGUUUCCAGUAAAAGCACUCAUCAGUUUCUUCUUGGAUAUUGAUCUUUAUGGUGGAAGCUUAUACUUGGUUGCACAAAAUGGGGAAGUGCUUGCAAAUGGGUUACCAAACACUGAAAUUGUGGUAAUUGGAAAAUCAGUUUUCUUCAGUUUAUUUAAGCCGAAUGGAGAUCAAAUUAUUGUUGGAGAUGUUUCCUGUGUGCCCAACAAUGGCGUGCUAAGACCUUCAAUUUUGAACAUUGGGGAGACGAAGUAUAGAGUUUUCUGUUCUCCGCUUCAAAUUGUGGGAGUGCAAUCGGUAUAUGCAUUGGCUUUCCCAUAUAAUGGAUUUGCAAGUAACGUUCAUAGGAGCACCAAAAUUGCUCUCAUUCUAUUGAUGGUAAUGAUAGCUGCAGUCUUCAUCUCUAUACUUAGUUUUGUAUUGUUGAUGGUUAGGGCUGCAACCAGAGAGAUAUACUUGUGUUCAGCAUUGAUAAAACAAAUGGAAGCAACUCAACAAGCAGAGAGAAAGAGCAUGAACAAGAGUCUUGCCUUUGCUAGAGCUAGCCAUGAUAUUCGUGCUGCCCUAGCAGGCAUUACUGGAUUGAUAGAGAUGAGCUAUGAAGAAGCUUGUCCAGGUUCUGAAUUAGAAAUAAAUUUACAUCAAAUGGACGAUUGUGCAAAGGACCUAGUAGAUUUAUUGAAUUCUAUUCUCGAUACGAGCAAGAUGGAAGCCGGAAAGAUGCAGGUUGAUUCAGAGGAAUUUGAUUUAGCCCACCUUCUUGAAGAUGUAGUAGAUUUGUUUCAUCCUGUGGGUAUGAGAAGUGGUGUGGAUGUUGUGUUAGAUCCCUAUGAUGGAACUGUUCUUAAAUUUUCUCAAGUAAAAGGAGAUAGGGGAAAGCUCAGACAAGUCCUUUGCAAUUUACUCAGCAAUGCUGUUAAGUUUACUUCUGAAGGGCAUGUGUUAGUUCGAGCAUGGGCACGAAAGCCUGGUAUAGAAAACAAGAUAAUUGCUUCCAAUCGGAAUGGUUUCUGGAAACACCUUUCUUGCAAGUUUACUGAAAACAAAGAAGAUAAUGAUGUGGAAGCCAUGAAUUCAGUGAAGCAAAAUCCAAAUUGUAUGGAGUUUGUGUUUGAGGUGGAUGACACAGGUAAAGGAAUUCCUAAGGAGAAACAAAGAUCAGUCUUUGAAAAUUUUGUUCAAGUUAAAGAAACAACACUUGGGCAAGGAGGCACUGGCCUAGGACUCGGAAUAGUUCAGUCUUUGGUACGUUUGAUGGGUGGAGAUAUAAAAAUUGUGGAUAAAGAGAACAGAGAGAAGGGAACUUGCUUCAGGUUCAACACUUUCCUUAUUGCAUCAGCUGGGAGUCGUUCAACCAGUAAUACAAUGGGUGAUAUUGAAACUGGAUUUUGUAACACACAUCAGUAUUCAGUUUCUACUCCUAGACUUAAAAUCUGGGGCUCCAGUCCUUGGCUGUCGAAACUUGGUUCUAGUCCUAAGACUGAAAGAUCCCAUGUUGUUCUCAUGAUUCAAACUGCUGAGAGGCGAAGAAUUGUACACAAGUUUAUGGAGAGCUUGGGGAUAGAAGCAUCGGUUGUGAGAAAAUGGGAAUGGCUUCAUUCUGCAUUAACAAAGAUAAAAUCUGAGCAAAAUGUUUCACCUUACAAUUCUUCAGAAAGAUCAGAUUUUGGUUCCAGAAGUGAAAUUUCUAGUAGCACAUCAAAAGAUGUUCCUUUAAGUGCCUUGGAUGGUAUAGAAGAAAGACUACCUUCUCAAAGAAGUGCAGGCAAUUUUAGACGUUCUCCAAGCUUUAUAUUGCUUGUCAUUGAUACUAGUGCUGGACCAUUUCAAGAACUCUAUGGAGCUGUAACUGAAUUUAGAAGAGGCCUUCGCAGAUGUUAUUGCAAAGUUGUCUGGUUAGAUAAACCAACCUCCCGUAGCAUCAACCCUGGAAGCCUUGAAGAGUACAUGAUCCAUCCACAUGAUGACAUUUUGCUGAAACCUUUUCAUGGGUCUCGCUUGUUUCAGGCAAUUAAACUUUUACCAGAAUUUGGGGGUACCAUGCACCAUAGAGUUUCAUCGGCCAUAACCAAGGGAGAAUUUACAUAUCAUGGUGGAAAAUUUGUUAGAGAUCCCGGAACAUCAUCAACAAUGCAUUCUCGUAGCCGAAAAAGAUCAUCAACUGUGCAAUAUUAUGGACACUCGCUUCCGCUUGGAGAAGGCAGCUCAAGGAGGGGAAAACACAGGAAACCAAGACAUUAUCUAGCCAGAAGAUAUUCAGUUGGAUCUUCAGAGAUAGAAGUAAAACAAGAAGAAGAGAAAGUAGAAGAAUUUCAUUGUAACCAAAGCAAUGAUAAACCCUUGAGUGGGUUGAGAUUCAUGGUUGCUGAAGAUAAUUCAUUUUUACGUAAUGUGGCCAUGAUUAAUCUUUCGAGACUCGGUGCAUCUGUUGAGCUUUGUCAAAAUGGGGAGGAAGCUCUACAACUAGUUCUUCUUGGUUUACAAGAACAAAGGAAACAUGAAGCUUACUCCACUUCUCCUUAUUGUCCAUAUGAUUAUAUACUAAUGGACUGCGAGAUGCCAGUGAUGAAUGGGUAUGAAGCAACAAGACAAAUAAGGGAGGAAGAGAGAUCUUACAACAUUCACAUACCGAUAGUUGCAUUAACGGCGCAUACUUCAGGCGAAGAUUGGGAGAAGAUGAGGAACGCAGGAAUGGAUUACCAUUUGUGCAAACCACUAAGGAGGGAAAGUUUGCUUGAAGCCAUUAGACACAUUCAUGAUGGACCGGCCCCAAGUGGCCCAGAAAAUUGGAGUAUCUAGUUGACUUGGUAGGGAAGCCAGGUUGUUUAUGUCUUUUGCCAAACAGUACUUCUCAGAUAGCCAAUCACUUAAUCUUGUCUUCGAUGAUGCUUUUGCAGGGAAUGCUAAAAACCAUUUUUAUGUAAGCAUGCGCGUUUCUGUUGCUAUGACUUGUCUCAGGAGAGUGUAUACUGUCAUUUUACCUUUUGAAUGCAGUCUCUCAAGUCCCUCUCUCUAAUGAGUUGCUUAUCUUGCAGUGUUGACCAUGUCAUUCAUAUUAACAAUUGCCUAUAUUAUAUGCCUUUAUGGCAAAUUGAAUUUAUUGCAUGAAAUGGUUACUUUUAUUUGAAUUCUGUGCUUGGAGUCUGAUAAAUGAUAAUUUUUUAUGAGAAUGUCUACUUAUUUAUAACGUCCCAUAUUUUUCCUUCAAUUUUGAAAUCAUUAGCCAUUCUUUGCUUUUUUGGUUAUCCCAAAAUAUUUUGUUAUUUUGGAAAUCAUUACUAAAGAAAGAGAUAGUAGAACAUGUCAAGCUAGCAUUCUCAUUGUUUUUUUUUUUAAAAAAAAAUGAAUACAUAUAAUUUCAAAGUUGCAGUAUUACAUGUAAAUUUAUGUAUAUUAAUUGACGCUUCCCCUAAGCUUGUAUUAGAAUUUAUUGCGGAGUACAAUUUACCUGCUGCAUGCUGGUAUAUAUUUGUGUGCGCUUUUAUGUUGUUACAUAUAAUCCUCUAUUUCAUGGUGGUAAUCAUAUUUUAGUUGAUUGAACAUAAUUCUUGUUGAUUUCAUAUUAACCGGAAUUGGGAUGAUUAUCUCGUUCAUGAACAUGUGAUAUUGAUUUAUUCUUUGUAGUCUCGGUGAAGGGCAAUUUUGUCAUCUUGCACUUGUCAUGUAGUCAUGACAGACGAUACUUGGUAUAUGUUAUUUAUUUGUGUGUUUUGGAAUGAUUAUGCACUGUUCUCUGUACUUCGAUCUCUUUGGCUCUGGAGCUUCUCUAUGUUAUCCAAUAUGAUUUUUUUUAACUCAUUUACAAUGUUAAAGACUUGAUGCAAAUAUGCACUAAACUUUUCUAGAUUUCUGCCUCCAUCUGUAAUACACAAUCUAAUUAUUGAAAUCCUUUGAAAAAAGGUGAAAUCUGCUUAUUUUUGUAGUUUACAUUGCUAAUGAAAAAUUGAGAUACAUCAGUUUAUACUUUCCUUUAGACAAGUGAAAUCUGCUUAUUUUGAAGUUCAUAUCCCUCUGUCAAAUUGAGAUGAAAAGUUGUGGGUGUGGCUGCUACUAAUAAUGAGACAUCAAUUUAUGCAUUAAUGUUUUGCUCAAGUAGACAGAAAAAAUUCCAAGCUGAGUUGCAGCUUAAUUAUCUUUUGCCCUUUAUUAAUGCUUGAUUCCUUGUUGAUGUGGCUGUCUUGUUUAUUAGACCUGUAUUUUGAUAUCAAUCAUAAUUAUACUGUUCUUUAUGUUCUGUUGACUAUUGUUACUGCAGCUACUGUUUCUGAUGAAGAAGCUCCUAAAUUCCCUAUGUAUCCUAAGCAAAAUGAGAGAACAAAUGGAGAUAAAAAUAACCUUGUGCAAAUCCCAACCAAUGGUAGUGAAAUUACUCAGUUACCUCUACAAGUGAAAGUUGAUGGAACAAUUGACCAAAAUGGAAGUGUUCAAAAUUUUAGACCAUAUAAUCCUUCCCAGAAUGUUAAACAGUCAACAAACGUGGUGAAAGAUACCAUCCAUUUAAAGCACAUCCCAUCUAUGGGGCAUAAAGAUGUUCUACUGUGCUGAAGGAUGCAUUGUCUAUUGUCAGGUUCAUUUGGAACUGUUCACCAUGCGGAUUGGCAUGGCUCAGAAGUUGCUGUGAAAAUUCUCAUGGAGCAAGAUUUUGAUACUGAACGCAUCAAGGAAUUUUUAAGGGAGGCAAAGGGUAUGAAUUGUCUUCACAAACGCAUUCCUCCAAUUGUUCAUAGAGAUCUAAAAUCUUCAAAUCUAUUGGUUGACAAAAAUAUACAAUGAAGGUGCAAUCAUUGGGAUGGAGCAUCAUACUCCUGUUGGGUUGGUGCUGUAUUCUAGAUGUCCUGGCAUGAAUGCUUCUGAUGUUAACAAAUUCUUGCCAUGAAGUAGUUUUUGGAGCAGAGCAAGUGUUUUGGCUGAAUUGGAGGUUUCUGAAUCUGUCGCUCAGCCAACACUGAAGUGCCAAAUUUUGGGCUGCAGUUACUAAUGCAUUAGUCAGAUUUCAUAGGGGAUACCUUAAUUUCUAGGGAUCAUAUACCCUUUACUCUGUUUGAUCUUGGAGAAUGGAGGGCAUAGUUGAUAGGGGAGGAAGCUUAUUUGGCUGUACUAAUUCUUCAUACUUUCUCCCUUGAGGUAUUAUUUCUAUUAUGUAUUAAUGACUACAUCUCUAACAUAAUCAGCUCUUGUUAAUCCUAGUUAAUUUAACGUGAAGGCUCAGUAUUUCUGGUA